AACAUUCGCAUAGACAAACCCAACCUCCACUGCAGUUAACACAUCUAACGUAUACAUUGCAAUGCACGUAUAUUUUUUUUACCUGCUGAGUUUAAGUACCCUGUCAAGGCUGGAGAACCAAACUGAUUGCUGAUUCUGAUACUGGCCCAGUACUGGGGUACUCAACUGCGCUAUGAUUGGCCGACUCUGUACCAUGUGAAGGGGGAGUCACGCGCUUUCCAGUAACCCGUCAGGAAGAAGAUAAACAAAACAAACCAGAAAGGGAGAAAGCGUGGAGUGCAUAGGAUUGGAACAUUUUAUGCAAAUAAAGAUAUAAAUACUGGAAUAAUUCAAACCUAAAUCACCUUAUGGGGAGUCUUAGGAAAAGAAUUAACAGAAGAGGACCAGACAAGCACGCUUUAGCAAGCCAUUGAGGCUAUACAGAAAACUACCCGGUUGUGAUGGAAUUAAUUAAUUAAAACAAAGCUGGAAACGACGGCCCCCGUGACACAACAAAAAAGUUUGGAAUUAGACAGAGGGGAUCUGGGCUUGGCAAUGCCUCAGCCUAGCAUUGGUGAGAUGGAACCUCCUUUUGGGGAUGCCUUUGAGAACCACACUUUUUCUGAUCAAGUACUGACCAGCACAGACCUGUUGUCUAGCAGUUCCGAUCCAGACUUCAUGUAUGAACUGGACAGAGAAAUGGCUUGCAGGCAAAGUCCUAGAGGUGAUGUCCUAUCAACUGAGGUAUGCAAGGACAUAGAAGAAGUUCUGGACAGUGACCCGACAUAUAACUCAAACUUUGAACAGUGGGAUACAUACUGGGAAGACUUAACCAAGUACACGAAGCUAGCCAGCUGUGAUAUCUGGGGAACCAAGGAAGUGGAUUUUCUGGGACUGGAUGAUUUUUCUAGUCCUUAUCAAGACGAGGAAGUCAUUGGAAAAACACCGACCUUAGCACAGCUUAACAGUGAAGAUUCCCAGCCUGUUUCAGAUCUGCUUUAUCACCCUGAUCUGCUACCGAGUCAGAAAACAAAUAUGCUUGCAUCUUCCUUAAGUGGGAAGAAAAUGCUGAGCAGGCUGCCGACUUCGUCUGCGUCUUCUGCGAGAAACCCCCUUCCAGAUGAUGCGGAAAGCUUUCAGAAAGCCACCAGGCCUGUACCCUCCAGCACAGAGACCAUCAGCAAAACUCAGAUACAGAGCGCUAAGUUCACAUCUUUUCAUUCUGAUACCAAGGGCUAUGUCAGGAAGGCUAAAGUCAGGAUCAAUACAGCACCACUCCGACCAGCAGCGGAGGCCUCGCAGGCCCAGGCUGGCAUCACCAUUGCCUCUUCAUUUAGCGAGUGCAGAGUGGCAGUGCCUGAAAUGAAAGCUGAAAAGCAGAGCACAGAGAUCGCAGCCACCGCCGCUACUCCAGAGAAGAGCACCCCCCUAGCGGAGACCCAUGAGCUCUUCACCUCUCCUGGUGCGAGUCAGGGACUACUGCCCACCAAUGCCUUGGUGCUGGACCAGUCUCAGAAGAAGGAAGAGCACAACUACUCUCUCUUUGUGACGGACGAGGGCAUGGAGGAGCAGCCCAAACCAGAGAUGGAGGAGGAAGAGGAGGAGGAGGAGGAAGAUGAUCUUGAAGAGCUGGAGCUGGAAGAUGAAGACCAUGACGAAGGGUUUGGGAGCGAGCAUGAGCUCUCGGAGAAUGAGGAGGAAGAGGAAGAGGAUGAGGAGGAAGAGGAAGAGGAGGAUUAUGCAGAUGAUAAAGACGACAUGAGCGAUACCUUCUCUGAACCAGGGUGUGACAAUGAUCAAGUGGAAGACCUGAAAGGGGUGCCAGCUGGAUUAUCCAGAAAGAGAGGCAAAAGAAGGUACUUCUGGGAGUACAGUGAGCAGCUGACGCCUUCCAAACAAGAACGCAUGCUGAAGCCUUCAGAAUGGGAUCGAGACACCCUGCCCAGCAACAUGUUCCAGAAGAACGGGCACCUCCACGGGAAGUACACUGUAAAGAAGUCUCGCAGAACCGAUGUGGAAGACCUGACUCCGAACCCCAGAAAGCUUCUUCAGAUUGGGAAUGAGUUGAGAAAGCUAAACAAGGUGAUCAGUGAUCUUACUCCAGUCAGUGAGCUUCCACUGACUGCCAGGCCACGCUCUCGGAAAGAGAAGAACAAAUUAGCUUCCAGGGCUUGCCGGCUGAAGAAAAAGGCACAGUAUGAGGCCAAUAAAGUGAAACUCUGGGGCCUCAAUACAGAAUAUGAUAAGCUCCUGUUUGUGAUCAAUGCUGUCAAACAAGAAAUUGUGACCAGAGUGCAGAUUCUGAGAGAGGACAAGGGAACCAGCAUGACUGAGAAACUUGACCGGCUCAUUAAGGAAACUCUUGUGAGCCCUCCUGUAGGUGGGCAGACGUCGGACUUUGUUAACCAGAUUUUGGAGAAGACGGCCAGUGGAGAUCCAACAGGAGGCCUUGUGGGACUCCGCGUGCCGACAUCAAAAGUGUAACCUGUUGCCAUGGGCCAACAAGAGCCCAAGGCAGAGAGAACCAUCCGCGCCAUUAAUGUGACACUGUAAUCUCAUAGUGUUUUGCAUGUUCAUUUACAUCAAGGAAUACAUCUACAAACGUAAUAUUUAGAACUGUGCAACAAAAAUGCAGGAUCUCUACAUUUACUGUGUUUUCCUCGCCUUCCGUGCAUGUGGCCUGUAAAUGUCACUAGUUACAAAGUAUGAAGUGAAAACAAGAAAAAUUAUACCUGCCAGGGAAAAAGAAACAGCACUUUGGUGGGUAUGCUACAGAACUGAAACCUACAGCAAUUGCUAUCCAAAAUUCUUAGUAGUAUACAUAGUAAAUGCAACAUAGACGGAGCAUAAAAAUUGAAUGUGGUUUAGAUGAGUUGGAGAUUUUGUUGGCCGUUUAGAUUCCAGCCGAGUAGGAAAUGCCAAAAAGUCUACGCCUAGUUUAACAUCAGCCUUGUACUCUGAGUUACGUAGUAUGAGUUUGGCAAUGGAAGGUUCCAUUAUUCCCUUUUAGCAUGUUUGGGGGCUGACAAAAGGGAAGGAGGUUAAGGAGAUGAUGGAACAUAAAACUACCAUAACAAAGAGGUUAAGCUAAUAGUUCACAUAUUAGUGCUUGAAUAAAUGAACAAAAUGUUAAUUUUCUUCCAUACACUUUGGUUGAAAUCACGACAUUUGGACUUUGUAGACUUUGCUAGUAUAGUGUAUAAAGUUUUAAAUUCUUGAGCUUAAUGUAUAACUUCAUGUGUAUGUACAAAGUAAUACUCAUUGUGCCUUGUAUUUAAUACAGAAGUUUAAGAAAAGUGCUUUUUACAAAAGAAGAAAGUCUGGAUGAUGUAUAGUACAGAUGGGUAAUUUGUGGAUUUGUAAUGUAUUUUAGCUCUUUAAACUAUUUUGAAUGUACAUAGGAAUAUUUGGAAAUGUAGAUAUAUGCCACAGAGUCUGUGUAUUGUAUCAUAAGAUGGCUCUGAAAAUAACUUUUGGUUUUUGGUACUUUAUCAUGAAAAAACUAUUUGCACACUAUAUUUUGAUUGUUUGUUUUUUGUACCAAAGACGAAUGCAACAAAAAUGGCAAAUAGCCAGUUUAAGUAAGGUUUUGCACAGCUUAUCUGAUACCGUAUUGAAUGUAGAAAACGUAGUAGGGUCAGGGGUAUUCAUUGAACUGUGAAUUCAUUGCUUGGGUCCAAUUCUCUACAGGAGCAUUCACACAUACUUUAUAUAGGGUUGCUGUUCCUGUUGUUGGCUUGUGAAGUAGACAAGUUUGUUUGGAAAAGAGUUUGGAAUUUUUUUUUCCUUUAUAAAUUACAUAAAUGCGGUAUAUAUUGUACUGACUUUUUAUAAAGAAAAGAAUAGGAUAGAAGAACAUGGAGCUUUCAAUGUACCUUUUAUUUAGCUUGUAAAAUAUUACCAGAAAUAGCACUUGACGGAUUAUUGCGCAGUAUACAUUUCUAAAAAUCUACUUCAGACUGUUAAAAAAAAAAAAAAGAAAAAGUUAAAAAAGAAAAAAAAAUUAACAACUUUAUAUAUUUUUGUAUAGGUAGCCAAUACCUUUUUGUUGACAUAGCAAAUUAUUCCAUUUGAAAUAUAUUUAACUACAAAAAAAAAAAAAAAAAACCUUUUGCUUUGUGUUUGCACUGUAUUAUAUCUGAGGUUAUCUCUAUGUUUUUAGUGCUGAAAUCAGUAGGAUGCUUUAUUUUAUUUUUUUUUAAGAGGGAGUCAUGGAAAUAAUGUAGGGUCAGUGUGUUUCUGGUUUCUUUGGGCUUUCUAAAAUAUCUGAAGACAGGUUUGCCAUCGAAGAGAGUGGAAAGAUAAAUGUCAGGUUGAGUAUGUAAUGUCUGGGAUGGAGAGCUUUGUCUGUAGAAGACCGAAUAAAAGCGCUAGUAAAGUAUUAGUAAACUAGUAAUUACAUCUUUAAGGCCUGUAGCCAUAAACUGAGGUAGAAAUAUAAUAAUCCAGAACUUAGACGUUCAUAGCAGUUAGAACAUGUGGCUUGCAGUUAACCUUAACACAGUACUGUGUAAGUCAAUCGUAUACAAGAUUAUUAACAAAAUCCCAUUAAUAUCCAAAAUACCAUUAAUGUCCGUUAUUAUUUAGCCCAGUUUUGUAAUAUGAUAUUUUCAAUGUAUGGGAUCCUAUUUUCAGAGACAUAUUUCAUGUUCAAAAGGCAGAGCGGUAUAGCCCAGAUAAAGACGGUAGAUUGAGAGAUAGUGAAAAUUACUUUAGUCCGAGCAGUGUGGCAAAUUCAUUUCAGUUGAUCAGCCAAUCAAUUGUUUUUGUUUUUCACACAUCUUAGUUUUUUUUUUUUUUUUGUAAACAUUAUUGUCAAAAUGACAAUCAUAACAGGCAAAAUGCAGGAUAACGUCUGUUCAGAGGCACUGCUAGGUUUAAAUUGGAACGGAGUAUUGGCUCAAUAGCUGUACUUUUAGCUGAUGUUCUCUUGAAAUAAGUCUGUUUAGUGAUUCCACUAACUUGCUUCAUGCUAUCCUUGUUUCCAUGGGCCAAAAAGUCCCAAACUCAAAUCGGCCAAUUGCGGUUCAGGUCUCAAAUCAUCCAAUUAUUUUGAAUUUAUGUAUUUGUUUUCAGAUCUAUAUCUGAUUGAUUGAAACCUAAAUGCUUUUGAGCAGGUACCAGGAAACAAGCAAUUGGAGAAAAAAUAAAUAUAACAUGCCUGAUAAGAGCAGGUUGACAGAGUUGACCUCUCUCUUAAGACAUUUUAAUGAUAGUAUUGUCAGAAUCUACUACAUGCUGUAUUUCAGGAACUGUGUGCUUUUCAGUUAAUUUAGCUGGUAAUUUAACACUAGACUAAUUUAAAUGACCCUGCUAAUGGAUACCAAAUGUAUUCUAUAAACUUUUACAGUAAUAUACUGUACCAAUUUACCAGUUAGCUUACUAGUAAUCAUUCAGUUAACAUGUCCAUGUUUAUUUAAUGUAAGAGGUAUUUUAAGAUUGGCAUUUUACAGAAACCAGAAUUGAUUUAAAGUGUAGUUUUUUUUUUUUUCUUUUUUUUGUAAGUGUAAUGCAAAUAGUUUAUGCCGUCCUGAAUGCAGUGUUUCACAUUAUAAAUAAAAUAAGCUGAAAUGUAUCUUUUAAAUGUUGAGUUUAUAUUACAUUGAUAGAUAUAUUAGAAAAAAAGCACUUUGUUUAAAAAAGAAAAAAGAAUAGAAUUUUGUAUAUUCCUUCCAUUUGCUGCUAAACCUGGGCUCGUCAGAAUGCUGCAGCGAUGGAGACAAUCUAGAAGCGGGCAGCCGAGCCUCGAUUUCUGGGUUCUAAAGUUGUAUCUUCAGUUGUCUUCAGUAGUUUUCCUAUGGAAACUGGAUGCUGCUUUGUGUGUACUUCAGGCUGAUAUACAGUGUAGACGUGUCAGUUCUGGAUGUUUCCAGAUGUUGUUUUUUUCUUUCUCGUUUAUUUCUUGUAUAGGAAAAACGUGUCCAGGCGUAUUCACGGAAGCUUUAUCUUGUGAAUGGUGAAAAAAAAAACUGUACUGUACUGUAAAAGAGGUUUGCAGUGGGGAAACCAAUCAGAAACAAACUCCCAAUACCGUGCCAACCUCCUAGCCUUUCGCAAGUAAAAGUUCAAAUGAAACUAUAUAUUGCUUUGGCAAAUUAUGCUGGCUUCUAAGGUACUGAGUUAAGACACGGUGGCCGGUUAAAAUGCUAAAUCAAUUAAAUAGUUGUGUCUUAUUAAUGAUAAAGAAAUCAUCAGGCAUAUGUCAAACAUAAUUGCCAUGGGCUGUGUACAGCAUUAUAUUUAUUGCUGUCACCCCAGCACUAGUAAAGUGUUCUUGCGGGUUUUUACUUUUAACAAGACGAACGCAAGCUGUGCAGCUUUACAUUUUACCAGGGGACUCUGUGGCAUUUAAACAGUCUAGAAAUGGUUGUACUUCCAUACCAGUAACUUUUUUUUUUCUGCUUCCUCUAUUGACAUUGAGACAAGACAUAUACAUUUAUGUUUAGUUUUUUCAAAAUAAAAAGUAUCCUUAAUUGAUAAAAACCGGAGAUGUGUAUGUGUUCUAAGUGAUUUAUUUUUGGCUUGCUUUCAUGUUUCAGUUUGUAGUGUUGCGACAACAAUGCUGACAGUAUACACAACUACUGUUGAUAGUGCACUAUGCAGACCUUACUCUUGUGAGUAAGGCUGUACAUUGCUUUAGAAAUCAACUCUCCAAAUAAAAUUGAAAAAAGGCAGCUGUUUCCUGUUUGCUUCACAGACUUGAAAUUCCUCUGCAUGUUACUACAUUCAAAUCUGUUUAUAUUGACCACUGGAGUGAGUAUGGACAGGUCUUUUAUGAACAGGUGGUCUGUAAUACAAGUGUGACUGUACUACAUUUUGGUAAAUUCAAAAGAUAAUGUAUCAAAUAAAACAACUGAUGAUAAAUCAUUUAACAAAGGCAAUAUCAUCAUAAAUGUUUGCAGAUGCGUUGAUUCUUUAUGGUGGAAUGCUGUAAUGUUUAGGAUGAUCAGCGAAUUGGCUUACACUGAGAGGUGGAUUCAUUUAAAAAAACAGAUCACCUGCUUUAUUUCCCUGUCUGCUGAACUUCCAGGUGUAGGAGGUCAUGCCCUGAACACACCCUCACAGCUAUAUAUAUUAUAUUUGUUUUAAUUGAAUCCACCUUUUUUUCUGGGUCAUUAAGAAAUACAAAUACAUAACAACCAGAACAAACCCACAAAUGAAAAAGUGCCUGCUUUAUCAGGUGCCUUACUUCUAAAAUGAAAAUUGAAUCUAUAUGCUUAAGAAGAUUAUUAUUAUUAUUAUUAUUAUUAUUAUUAUUAUUAUUAUUAUUAUUAUUAUGUGCAAGGUUUCUGACUGUUUUUACAUUUAAUGACAGAUUUAAAUCAAUGAGGUGGCUCUCAUUUGUGGUUCAGACACAAUUUUCCUUGAAAGGUGAAUGUUGUCUACCAUCAACGAAUCUUGGAAAAAGACUGUGCCAGAUUCACUAAGCAUUUGCUACAGGAAAAGGUGUGCAACAUUUUUAUUUUUUUACAUUUUAUCCCAAAUUCUCAGACGUUUUAAAAUAUGUUAUUCUUUAAUAUUAUCAAAACCUACAAGAUAUUCUUUCUAAUUUUGUAACGUUACUAGUUGGUCCUUUUACAUGCAUUUAAAUCUAGUGCAAACUUUGCCCUGCGGUAUUUGCUUUGUGAAUGUGUGGUUUACUAAUCAGUGAGACUAUCCAAAGAAUGUUGCGAUCUUCAUUCAAAAUAAUUUAAACUUGUUUCUCAUUAAAGAUCUCUGUAUGUUCUGUGGUUAACUUAUUUUUUGCUAUACACCGAUAUUUUGUAUUUCUUUUGUAGUUAUGGUCUAAAUCUGUAAUUUAUUGCACAAGUCUGAAUUUUGAUGAAUACUUGCCUUCACUGCUACUUUUUUUUGGCCAUACCGUUUUCCCAAUUUUUAUGUUGUUUUUACUAAUUGUUUAUUGUACUUUAUAACAUCAAAGACGUGUGUGUAUGAAAAGGAAGGAGGACCAUAGCUGGGUUAACCAAUCAUAUUCAAAUGAUUUUGUGCCCGGAUGCUAUCGCUGAGUGUAUCCUCAUGGAAGGAACAAUAUUAAAUGUCACCUUUUGUGUCGCAUUAAAUAACCAGUCGAUGUGCCUCUCAAUUUCAUACAUGACUAUUCCAUAAACUAUCUGGCAGUUGGCUUUAAGCUGUUCUUUUCAGUGAACAAGCACACACAUCUCUAAGAGACACCGAAUGAUCUGCAGCUCUAAGAUGUCAAACAUUUGACAGUGCAUCAAUAAAGCAAAAUGAUACUUGCUUUGCUCUAGAUCUAGUCUAUUGUGCUAAAUUUGCUACAGCUCCUAUUUUCAGAGCUUCUGAUUUUUUUUAUAUGAUGUUGAAACAGUAAAUUUAAACCAUGUUUGCUCAGAUUAUAGCAAAUAUAGAUAUGGUGUAAAAUAGGGUUUACUUCAAGUCUGAUCCCUGCAUCCAGGGGCCACCUUUGAGAUAAAUAAACCUACGAGCAAAUAAUACAUAUUUAGUUCCCUGCAAUGAAUUACACUUCCUUCAGAAUUUAAAAAAAAUAAAAAAAGUUGAUUUUAAAAAAUAACGUUAAUUCUACACAUUCACGGCAAAUAAUUAUGAAAGGUCUAACCCCUUUUAACUAUUUAGAUGACUAGCAUGGGGUUUGUAACUAAGUAGUUCUUUUGUGUGUACUCCCCAGGUGUAACAUUGUAUUUCAUUGCUAAAGGCUCUGUUCUAGAUCUUUGGUGACAUGUUAAGCAAAUCUGCAGUUGUAUAUCCUGCUGAACCUAACAAUAACUUGGUCAUAUUAGUCGUGUCUAUAUAUGUAGCUCACAUAUAUGCCUGUUGAGCACGAUCUAUAAACAGUUAUUACAUUUAUGUUGGUUAAAUAUUGUGCUGUUUUUUUUAAAUAUAAUUGUGUGUUUAUAUGAGGCACAAUAAAAGAAAGAAGAAAAUCACUGGAAUAAAUAAAUGUGUUUGUCUUCAAAAGAAAUGGGCUGAAAUUAGAACGAGAUCUUAAUCCGUUUAGAUCUGUUGUUAAUUGUGCCUCCUCUUCUUUUUUUAUUUUUAUUUGAUUUGUUUCACAGCAUUGUAUCGGCCCGAAGCUGAUACUACAGUUGCUUGUAACCAUAAUAGUCUGAUUCCAUCAUUGUUUUUAAUAUUUAAAAAUAAAUAAAUGUUAGAAACAG